AUGUCUCUAAUGUUCGGGAAAACAAGAUCGUGUAACAUCAUUCCUGAAAACGAAUCUGCCGAGUGUAAUAUUGUGGUUCUGGGAGCGAUGGGGUCGGGAAAAUCAGCUCUGACUGUGAAGUUCCUCACAAAGCGUUUCAUUAGUGAAUACGACCCAAACCUCGAAGAUACGUAUUCAUCAGAGGAGCUCGUCGACCAGCAGCAAGUUCUGGUUAAAGUGAUGGACACGGCCGAUCAGGAAGGACCAGUGAACUGUGAUCGUUACUUGGCGUGGGCCAGCAGCUUCCUCAUCGUCUACAGUAUUGAUAACCGGCUCAGCUUCGACGUGUGUCAGCAGUACGUGGAGGCCGUGACUCUGUACACCAGGGGCCUGCAGCCAGAGACGCCCAUAGUUUUAGUGGGUAACAAGGUGGACAUGGAGAGAUACAGACAGGUGAGUAAGGCCGAUGGCGAGGCCCUCGCCGCCCGGCUUGGCUGCCGGUUUUUCGAGGUGUCCGCCUGUCUGGACUUCCUGUCGGUUCAGCAUGUUUUCCAUGAAGCAGUUCGAGAAGUGAGACGAGAGGCAGAAAGAAACCUCUCACACCAGCCUCUUUAUAUCAGUGAGGAAAAAUCUGCCAUCAGUCUUUCAUCCAUCUCCGUCCUCUCGCCCUGCUAUAAAGAGCUGCCCACACCAACCACAGCCAAACUGGUGACUGUCAAGUCCUCAAGGGCCCAAAGUAAACGCCGGGCCCCCACACUGACCCUCCUCAAAGGAUUCAAGAUCUUCUGAUUUGAACACUGACCUCUCAUGGUAGUUACAUGAACACAGGAUUGAGAAGAUAAUCAGUGUAUUACAUGUAUGGAUGUUUGUUUUUGGAAGAACCGGCUGUGGUCUCAGUUCUUUCUUUACCAUGAAGAAGUCAGAACAAAGAUCAUAAACUCCAAGGAAAUUAUAAGAUCUUUUAAUUGGAAUUAGGCUACAGGGUUCCAUAUUGUUUAGUGUAAUGAUUGAAAUGGGAAUAAAUCUUUGUAAUUAUUUCAAAUUUGCCAAUGAACAUGUCCAAAAUUAAAACAAUAUCUGAUAAUCUGAUCUGCUGGGAAGCUACUGAGCUCUGGCUGAAAUUCCACUGUUGUGAAAACCACACAGAAAUUUAAACUAUUAGAAUAAAACCUACAGGAACACUGCUUGUACUGUGGUGAAUCUGUGAUAUUGUGAGAGUAUUUCUCUAUUUUUCUGUGACUCCAUCAAGUACAGGGAGAGUAUAAAUCAAAACCUGACUAAAGAUUUUCCUACCCUGUACAUGAGUCUCUGUAGAUACACCAACUGAUAUUUAGUUUUUUAAAUAGGGUUAGAAUUAUUUUCCAGCACAAUUCUGAAAGGUUGUUUUUAUUUCAGUGACUUAUAAGAAUCUGUGUUCGGCAGUAAAUCAGAGUGAAAUGUGUGUGAUUAAUAUUGAUUUUACCUGUAAUACCUUCCUCCACCAGCAGGGGGAGCCGCAGGUCAACAAACUGUAACUCCGGACGAACUACAGAUCCCAGGCGCCCCCGCGCUCAUCAGUGCUAAUGCUAAUCAGUGCUAACGCUGAUGCUAACAUUGAUGCUAAUGCUGUGCAGCUAAACUGAACGCUGUAUUACUGUAGUUUAGUUUAGGACUGAGUUUCUGUUGUACAGUUGUUAUCUGUGUUGUAGCUGCAAUUAUUUUUCUAAAAUAAAGAAAGUUGAAAGUUGUCAGUCA